CUUCACGAGGAGUGCAGGUCAUGGCCGCUUCUGCUGACUCUAAGAUAAACCCUCAAUCAGAGGCGGUGACAUGGACACGGCGGAUCAAGGCCAUUGCGGAGAGGACGAGCGAUGCCAUGGAGCAGCUGGACUUAGAGCGCGGAGUCUGCGUGCCUUUUCGGAAGUAUACUCCCGAAGCAGUUAGAAAUAAAGUUUUGGAGUCUAGAGGGGCGAUACUGUCUCUUAUUGGAAGAGGAGUGGAAAUUGUUUGGAAUUUGGGGUUGUAUUGGUUGACGCUUACGUACGAUUGCCUUGUGGGACGCGACGAGGAAGUGGUGCCAUAUAGGGCUCGUCAGCUCCGCAAUCUUCUUUGCGACUUAGGGCCUUCGUUCAUCAAAGCCGGGCAGGUUUUGGCGAGCAGGCCGGAUAUAAUACGAGAAGAUUACAUGAAUGAACUCUGUAUACUACAGGAUGAUGUUCCACCUUUUCCCAAUCAGAUUGCUUUUCAAAUUAUUGAAGAAGAGUUGGGACAACCUCUUGAAAAGAUUUUUAGCAGGAUUACAUCACAUACUAUAGCUGCGGCAAGUCUAGGCCAGGUCUACAGAGCCACACUUCGAGAGACUGGAGCGGAUGUUGCUAUUAAGGUACAAAGGCCUGGAAUUGAGCCUAUUAUCUAUAGAGAUCUUUUCCUGUUUCGUACUCUGGCCUCUUUUCUUAAUGGUAUCAGUCUUCGGAAGCUUGGCUGCAAUGCUGAGCUUAUAGUUGAUGAGUUUGGUGAAAAGCUUCUUGAAGAACUUGAUUACACACUUGAGGCUCGAAAUAUAGAGGACUUCUUAGAGAAUUUCAAGGAUGAUCCAACUGUCAAAAUUCCUCAAGUUUAUAGGAAGCUUUCAGGUUCACGCGUCCUUGUCAUGGAAUGGAUUGAUGGGAUUCGAUGCACCGAACCCCAGGCAAUCAGAGAAGCAGGUAUUGAUGUAAAUGGAUUUUUGACUGUUGGUGUAAGUGCCGCUUUACGCCAGCUUCUGGAAUUUGGAUUGUUCCAUGGAGAUCCACAUCCCGGAAAUAUUUUUGCAAUGCGUGAUGGCCGUAUAGCUUAUGUAGACUUCGGAAAUGUGGCUGUGCUUAGUCAGCAAAAUAAACAAAUUCUGAUCGAUGCUGUCGUUCAUGCUGUAAAUGAGGACUAUGUUGAGAUGGCAAAUGACUUCACCAGGCUUGGUUUCCUCGCUAGUGGAACAGAUGUUUCUCCUAUUAUUCCCGCAUUAGAAGCGAUCUGGCAAAAUUCAGUUGGAAAAGGAUUGGCUGAUUUUAAUUUUCGCAGUGUUACUGGAAAGUUCAAUCAGCUUGUGUAUCAGUACCCUAUCCGCAUCCCAGAGAGGUUUUCCCUUGUUAUUCGGUCUCUACUAACCCAGGAAGGAAUAUGUUUCACUUUGCAGCCAGAUUUUAAAUUUCUUGAGGUUGCAUAUCCAUAUGUGGCAAAACGUCUUCUAACAGAUCCAAAUCCUGCUCUUCGUGAACGCCUCAUACAGGUAUUAUUUAAAGAUGGAAUGUUCCAAUGGAAAAGGCUUGAAAAUCUGAUAUCCUUGGCAAAGGAAAAUGUGGCUAAGAUGAAUCGAAACCCUGCGUUGCAAGCUAAAAACAUGCAAAGGUCAAAGACUUCACAAUUCCAAAAAAAGUUGGAUCUCACAGACACAAUCAAAGAUGGAGCUAAGAUGUUUCUAAUAGAUGCAGGGAUUCGACGGCAGCUUAUUUUAGCCCUCACAGAAGAUUCCAAGCUUCAUAUUCAAGAGCUUGUGGAUGUAUAUAGAUUGGUGGAAGAUGAUGUAGAUAUACGGUCCGUUGCUUUUGAGGUUCUACAAGACCUCCCUUCAUUUACCCGUGAGUUCUUGCUGUCUUGGAGUGACUCUGUGCUAUCCAAUCGUUGAAGAAGCUUAUCAGGUGAAAACAAACAGCUUUUUUUUUCUUUUAAUAAACUGAAAUGUUGAUUCUUCCAUACCGUUUAAUUAUUUAUUUAUUUAUUAUAUUUUUUUUGUGAUGAUGAGAUCUGCUUUAAGAGAUAUAAUAAGUGGAAGCUUUUGUUUGAUAUGUAAAGUUUUGUAAAGUAUGAAGGAUAUGUUGAAGCCACUGACAUGUAAAGUGCUUAGUUCUUAAACCAUAUCCAUCAUAAUUGCAUUUUGUUGCUCCUUUUCUUACUAAAGAUUUGAGUUUAGUUUUAGUCAUUAAUUUUGUUAAUUUGUCUUAUGGCUUGGGU